AUGUCGGACGUCGAUCCAAUCCCAACGCUUCCACCCGUCGGCCCUCCAUAUCAACCCCAAGUCGCCAUUCUCGGCCUCAUUCCGACGGUACAUGUAGACGUGCCCAUCUGUAUCGUCCUGAUCGUCUUCUUCCUCACCGCAGCCGCCCUCAACCUCUUCGUCUUCAUACGCAACAAAGCCGUUGGCCACAAGUUCCUCCCCUCGACGAUCCUAGUCGGCUUCUGCACCACCCGUAUCAUCGCUCUCUCACUCCGCAUUGCCUGGGCCACCCAACCCUGGAACGUCAAGCUCGUCAUUGCCGCCACUAUCUUCGCUGCCGCCGGCGUCGUCCUUCUUCUCAUCCUCAACAUUCUCUUCACCCACCGCCUUGUUCGUGCUCUCCACCCCACAAUCGGCUGGAAUCCUCUCGUUGGCUACUUCUUCCUUUUCCUCUACUUUUGGAUCCUCGUCUGCCUCCUUUGCGCCAUCGUCGCCAAUGUCGUUUCCUACUACACCCUCGUAUGGGACUACCUCAACAAGUGCCGCCUCGUCCAGCUCUUCACUUCCACCUCCCUCGCCUUUCUCGCCUUCGUCCCGAUUCUGAUCCUUCUCGGUGCACUCUUCUACCCGGGUGCCCGCCGCCCUGAGCCUUUCGGCUAUGGCAGCAUCAGCACCAAGGCACUAAUAGUGCUCAUGACCGCCUUCCUCCUGACCAUCGGCGCCGCCUACCGCUGCGCAGUCAACUACGCCAUUCGACCCGUCUGGGCGCCCGCGUGGUGGCACCACAAGGCGUGCUACUACGUCUUCAACUAUGACCUCGAGCUUGUCGUGGUCUUCACCUACGCCCUCAUGCGCUUCGACCAGCGCUUCCACGUCCCCGACGGCGCCUGCAAACCUGGCGACUACCGCAAGGGUCAGUACGCCUACCAGCGCGUCAGCAGCCUUGCCGCGACCCGCUACAGUCAGAGCAUCAGCAUCGAACGAGGAAUCAGGUCGCGGCGGCGGCGCGGCGACCGGUCGGUGGUGAUCAGCGGCCUGAGUGAGAUGGGGGAAACUCGGAGUUCGUACCUCAGCGCGUACUUCCGUAGUUCCUACCGUAGUUCCUACGGGAGUAGCUCGUACGGUAGCAGCUCGUAUGGUUCGGGCUCGCGCACGAGGAGUUCUGAAAGCGAGGAGAUUAGCGCGGAGGGAGUACGGGUGCGGGAGCGGGAUUCCCAGAAGAGGUCGAGAGCAUCGACCCCCAAGAAGUAG